AUGUGGUGGAUGAUGGGAGAAGCUGGUGGACAUUACUGUUCUAAGAAGACUGAUGAUAUUUGCGGUGGUGUUUGUAGUCAGGAAACUGGUAGAUUCUUCAGCUUUUCUAGACUUUGUUGUGCUCUUCGUGGUGUGGAUAUGAAGACAUAUAUCUUCUUAUUAGUCAUUGUUCCGACAUGUGUACUCGCUGGUUAUGUCCAUGGUCAGAAGAUUUCUUACUUUCUCCGGCCAUUAUGGGAAUCACCACCUAAACCUUUUCAUGACAUUCCUCAUUAUCAUCACGAGAAUGCUUCCAUGGAGACUCUUUGUAAACUCCAUGGCUGGGGUGUGAGAGAAUACCCUAGACGAGUUUACGAUGCCGUUUUGUUCAGUAACGAGCUCGACAUUCUCGCUGUUCGUUGGAGAGAGCUGUAUCCGUACAUCACUCAGUUUGUCCUCCUCGAAUCUAAUUCCACCUUCACUGGUUUGCCAAAGCCUCUUGUGUUUGCUGCGCACCGAGAUGAGUUCAAGUUUAUCGAGGAGCGUUUGACUUAUGGCGCUCUUGGUGGAAGAUUUGUUAAAGGGCAGAAUCCAUUUUAUGAAGAGGCGUAUCAACGGGUUGCUCUAGAUCAGCUUCUGAGAAUCGCCGGGAUUACUGAUGAUGACUUGUUGCUAAUGUCUGACGUUGAUGAGAUUCCGAGUAGACAUACUAUAAACCUUUUGAGAUGGUGCGAUGAGAUUCCACAGAUCCUUCAUCUGCGUCUCAAGAACUAUCUUUACUCGUUCGAAUUCCUUGUUGAUAACAAGAGCUGGAGAGCUUCUGUCCAUAGAUAUGAGACGGGUAAAACACGGUAUGCUCAUUAUCGACAGUCUGAUGAAAUCUUGGCGGAUGCUGGAUGGCAUUGUAGCUUUUGCUUUCGACGGAUCAGUGAGUUUAUAUUCAAGAUGAAAGCUUAUAGCCAUAAUGAUAGAGUGAGGUUUAGUCAUUUCUUGAAUCCUAAAAGAGUUCAAAGAGUUAUAUGCAAAGGAGUUGAUCUUUUCGAUAUGCUCCCCGAAGAGUAUACAUUCAAAGAGAUAAUAGGGAAAAUGGGUCCAAUCCCGCAUUCUUUUUCAGCAGUUCAUCUUCCUUCGUAUCUCCUAGAAAACGCGGAUAAGUACAGAUUCCUUUUGCCGGGAAAUUGCAUAAGAGAAAGCGAAUGA